GGCUGAAAAUAUCCACUACUCCUCCAACGAAGAGUUGGAUAGCCUUAUGGUCCAAGCGAUUCAAGUGUUAAGGUUUCACCUAUUAGAAUUAGAAAAGGUUCACGAACUGUGCGACAACUUCUGCCAGCGGUACAUCAGUUGUCUGAAGGGAAAGAUGCCCAUCGACCUGGUCAUCGAGGAAAGGGACGUGAAACCAGGGGAACUGGGCGGUGAUACCAACAACAACAGCAAUGGCAGCAGCAGUUUCUGCGGAGGACCUCCCUGCCUCUCUAGGAGUGUACUAGAUGCGUCGGGUGGACACAGUACGGACAGCGCAUCCACGCCAGAUCAGGAGCUCCUUAAUCAUGAAAAUGACACAAAAUUUGUCGGGCAGAAGCAUUUAGCAGGAAAUGUGAAGAUGGAAAGCGGUGGUUAUGGCCACUACGAAGAUAUGCCUGGUGGUGGAAACAUGGACAGGAUAGGGAGGCCGCCAUCUCAGUCGCUGAAUUAUGGCCCUUUAAGUGACGACGUGAGGUCCCCUACAGGCUCCACAGGCACACCUUGUCCCCUAUCUGUACAGCCCCCAUCACACCAAAGCACUGACAACAACAGUGAAGCUGGUGACGCCAGCAUCUGUUCUGGAGAUGGUUCCGGAGAUGAUGACGACGACGAGAGGAGCAAGAAGAGGCAGAAGAAACGAGGCAUCUUCCCCAAAGUGGCCACCAAUAUCAUGAGAGCGUGGCUCUUCCAGCACCUCACGUCCCUUGAAAACUUGGUUGUUUAUGGUUGUUACGGUACCAACACCAAUACUGGUGUUACAGGAGCUGUCAAUCGUCUUCUAGAGUUGCAACUGAACAAAUCCAAGCAGUGGUUAAUUUUGUUUGCUUCAUGCAAAUAA